AUGUCAACCUUUACUGAAAAAGAGAUAGAACAUUUCGAGAAUACCUUUUCCUUACUAUGGAAUUUAUAUGGAAGAGAUUUUGAUGUUGCACAAGUUCAAGAAGAACUAUGGAAAAAUGUAGAAAUAGGGUGUCUCAUCGAACCACCCAAUGUCAUUAUUUUGAAACCUGGUGAGGAUCAUAAUAAUACUAUGAAUAUACAUGCGGCAGCAAGAAUAUAUUAUGAUGACAUUGGUUUAGAUAGUACUGGCCAUUUAGAUCUUUCAAGUGAUGAGUCCAUCUUUAGGAAGCUUAAUAAGUUAAAUGAAUCAGAGACAGAAAUUCGCCUCUUAUUAGAUUUGGAAAAAGCUUUUGAACAUUCCAAUAAAUCAAUAUUGACUCCUGAGGUUCCUGAACUUUUCAAAGGUGCCAUAGAAUGUUCAAAUCAAGGGUUUCAAAAAUUAUACAAUAGUUAUGAUAUUGGUAUAAACAGAUCAAAUGAUAUUUUCAAACAAGACAUUGAGAGGUCUGUUGUCCAGGAUACAACUGGUAAAAAUAAUAAUGAAUGUGAGUAUAAAGAUGAGUACAAAAAAUAUACUGGAGAGUGUAAAACACAAUGA